UCAUCAUUCUACUAUUUUGAGUAACAAGGAGCAGCAUGUUUCGUUACAAUGCUUAUAUUAAUUAUGGUUCUCAGGUGUAUUCUAGCUAAAGGAUCAUAGCAUAACGGCAUGGCCUAUGCACUUCCACACGAUCAAAAGCAUCGACAGAAGAUGAUUCAAUGAGAUAACGCGAUAUAUAGUAUAACACUUCCCUAUUACUCUCUCCAUUAAUUUCUUAGGAUGUCGCAUCGUCUCUCCUACGCUCAACAUGAUUUCUCUAAAAUUCACCUUUUUGGCUUGUCUGCUAAUUACACGGUCUCUCGCUCGAUACCCCCUACCUGGUCCUACGUUUGUGGAACACCCAACACCGACACCAGUCAUUCAGUGGUCCACCGAUAGAAAUUGUGACCAGUUGCCAGCCAUAAUCGAUGCUAUUCAAGAGGCGAUUCUCAUGGCAAAACGAGCCUCGUUCCGUCUGAAGAGUUGGGUUGACGAUCCAAAAUCCGACGACGAGGACAUCGCACGCGCUUUCAAACUUAUCUUUCAGACCGACCCUACCGACCCUAGGGGUAAGGUAAAUUUGAAGAGAUACGAUCGCGUCUUUUCGGUUUUGAACGCUAUCGGUACUGCAGCCGCGAAUAUACACGCCGAAUCUAAUACACAUUUCUACUGCGACAACGAUGAUCGCUGGGAAAAGUCUCCCGAUAGAAGGUUCCUAGAUAAUGCCCCGCCGAGACAUUACAUUCCGAAUUCGUACAUAUCGGCGGAGAGCAAAGAAUGGCGUGAUAAAUUGCCCGAGAAUAAGAUCAAAAUCAAGGGUGAUGUGGUGCAUAAGUUUAUUACAAUUGGUAGGCCUGCCUGUAGGAAAGAUGAGGAUCGGGGUUAUGCAGUGAACGAAGACCCAUAUACCUGGGCAAAGACCUACAAUAUUAACAAUUAUUUAUUGGAACGGGGUCACCCUUGGGCUAGCACCAUCACCCUCUGCACACCGGUGCCCAACGCUACAAUUACGACGAUAACCAAAGAUCCAGAGCAGAACUGGGCAAAAUACUCACUCUCGUAUAUGGCUUUUGAAGAUGGACCCUGGUCAGAUUCAGAUUCAGAUUCAGAUUCAGAGUCAGGGUUCGAUUUAGGGCCGGAUUCAGAUCCUGAGCCAAAUGUUGAGCAGAUAUUCGGGAAGCAACAGCUAGCUACUUAUCCUAGCAUGAUGGUGCUCACUCAGCUCACGCAAGUCCAAUACUUCAAGACAUAUUAUGAAAUUGAACCAUUGGACCCUACGUCUAGUUGGCUAAUUACCAGGAAUGGACUCAGAACAAGUUUUUAAAAAUUCAGCGAGCUAUGCAUACUUUGGCGCACUCGCGCUUAUGGGAGAUUUAGGGUAUAAGCUUGAUGAUAAUGACAGGAAAGCAUGGCUUGGUGAACUGGCUGAAACGGAUUAUAGACCUCCUAAACCUAUCGAAUUCAAAGUGCCCAGGUAGACACUGCUUCAUUGUGUUCGAUCAGGCAGGCACAGGAAAGCACAUGGCGCAUCAAGACAUGGGGCGAUCGGGACCGGGCAGCUCCCCGCAAUAGACACUGUAAUUCAAAAAGGUACGGGCGGUCCCGGUGCAGGAAGAGUGCAUCGAGAUUUGUGGUAUCCAGAUCGAAAGGUGCACUAAAGAGAGACUCAGCGG